GUGGACUGUAAGCGCUGCUGCACGCAGGCGAAACGCAGGAAAACUGUCCAAGGCGCGCACGUCUGAUUGAUCCCAGCUUCAUUUGGGAACUGACAAUUCCUCUCAUCCAACUUGUGUUCUUCAAGCUCGCUUCAUUUUCACUCUGCUAACAUUUUGUGUUAUUGUGGAGCACCUGCCCGGAGCUCAGGCGGCACAGCCGGCUCCUCACUGCGGCUCCGGGAGUUGGACGAGCCAGCUGCGCCGGAGAGCUCCCCCGCGAAACGCGUGAUGGGACACGGGAGGAUCGCUGCCGCUGUGUGCACGUACACCUGAGGACCCUGUGGAUCUAAAUACAUUUUCUGAGAGGGAAAUAAGACACUAAGAUUUCCUCGCUUUUUAAGAAGAAACUUGAAUCAGUCAGUCGGAGUUGUGUGCCUCCUCCAGCGACUCCUUUACUUUAUUCAGACGCACGGUUUGGGGGAUUUUGGUUAAAGUUGGAACGAUGGUCUCAUCCGACUGCUUCAAACUGGUCGUUUUCAUCAUCUGCUCAUCACUCUCAAAUGGGCAUUUGGAGCAUUCCCCUAAGAUUCUUCCCUCUGAGAAUCCCCUCAUCCUUCAUAAUGAGGAUUCAUUGAACCUCAUAUGCAGAGGUCAUGGCUUGCUGCACUGGACACUUGGCGAUCCCUGGCGAUCCAUUUCAUUAGAGGGGGUGCAGACGGAGCCGUGUGAUCCUAGACAUCACUCUCAUUCACACUGCAGCAAUCUGACAGUUACACGUUUGAUCGCCAAUGACACGGGGAAGUACAGCUGUAAAUACUCCAAAGAUGGUGCAGACCACGUCACCUCAACCUACGUCUAUGUCAAAGAUUCUGAGAAACCUUUUGUGCUAAAUCAUCCUUCACCUUACAUGCUGGGAAUCUACAGGCAUGAGAAGAGCCUCAUUGUGCCAUGCAGGACGUCCUCUCCUGAUGCUGUUGUAACACUUACAGGGGAACGACCAUUAUCAGAGAAGAUUGUUAAGGAGAUGGUUUGGGAUCCAAAGGUGGGAUUCAAGAUUCCCUACGGUCCCUACACUAUUUUCAACUCACUCACCUGUCACACCGUGGUUAACGGUAGUGAGUUCCAAUCAAUGUACUAUCCCAAAAGACUGACUCUGGUUUUUAAUAAUGUAAAAAUCACCCCAGAGCGUGUCAGACUCUUGGUUGGAGACACCCUCAUCCUCAACUGCACGGGUGAGACCACCUAUAAUGGAAGAAUCAACUUUACCUGGGAUUUCCCAAAGAAGAGAGAAAAUCGACAUUAUACGAAUAAAUCCAAGGUCAACCCUGCUUCAGUCCUUGUGAUGAGCAGUGCUUUAGUGUUGCCAAACAUCACCAUGGAGGAUAAAGGGGUGUACCGCUGCAAAGCUGAGCUUGAAGGCAGCAAACCAAAGAAUGUCACAGCAAAACUCCUCAUCUAUGAGCAUCCGUUCCUCAACGUCUCCCACAAGCACGAGCGGCCAAGUACAGUGACCAUCAAAGAAGGUAGAAGGAAGCAUGUGCUUGAACCCAAGGUCAACGCCCUGCCCCCACCAGACCUGAUAGCAUGGUAUAAGGAUGGGGUCCUUAUCAAGAAGAAUUCCACCUGUUACAAGAUGUCUGGCUACAACUUAUUCAUCACGGAUGUGGAGCAGAAGCAUGCUGGGGUCUUCACCAUAAGCCUUGGCAGCCAAUCAAAGGGCUUGUACAAGAAUCUGAGCUACACUCUGGUAGUCGAGGUGAAGCCAACAAUUUCAGAGGCGGAGAUUGCCACUGUGGACGCUCAGCCUUACAUGCUUGGCAAAAAGCAUCAGCUAACCUGCACUGCUUAUGGGUUGCCCCUGCCAACCAUCACGUGGCUCUGGCAGCCAUGUCGCUCGGAUCCUACGCUUACAAAUUGCAUUUCUUACACUGAACCAAUCCCGGUCAGCACUGAUAACAGGGGAAAUUACUCGCACAACUGGAUUAAGAGCAUAAGCGCCAAGCCUGAACUGGUUAAAGGAAAAAACAAGACUUUGGGUGUGCUGGUGAUUGGAGAGGCGAGCGUGUCAGGAAAGUACUCCUGUGUGGCCCGGAAUGAGGAUGGCUUCAGCACCCUGACGAUCCCCUUUUAUGUGUAUGAUAACUCAGAGGAAGUUACCACUGAGCCUCGGAAAGCCAUCGAAGGCGAUGACGUCACUCUGACCUGUCGGGCAGCUCGCUAUCUUUACACAGAUCUGAGGUGGUUGGACUCCAAGAAUCAAACAGUCACUGCCAAUGUAUCCAGUCUCCGGCUCAGCCGCUACUCCAUUUCCCUUGCUCUCCAUCUGCAUAAUGUGUCCAAAAACAGCACUGCAGGGUACCAGUGCCAGGCGUACAAGCUGCACGAGAGGGUUGAGCUGAAGAACGCUGCCCUUAUUGUGGAUGCGAGAAAACGCCCCUGGCUGAGUCAAAAUCUGACGAAUCAGGAUGUGAACAGUAGCAGCACCCUGAUGCUGGCUUGCUUCGCCCUGGGAGUUCCUCGACCCUACAUCAUGUGGUAUAAAAAUGGUGUUCCAGUGGAAGAUGGCCCAGGUAUAUCACUGGGAGAAGACGGAGUCCUGACCAUCGAAAGGGUGAAGAAAGACGAUGAGGGUCUGUACGAGUGUGUAGCCAGUAAUGACGAGGGUGUCGCGAAAACAAGUGCAGUCGUUACCGUGCUCGGGGAUGAAGGGAAGGCAAACGUUGAGGUAAUAAUUCUGGUGUGUACGGGAGCCGCAGCCACCUUCCUCUGGCUCAUGCUUAUCCUCUUCAUCCGCAAGCUGAGAAAGCAACCAGCUCACUACAAGAUGGGUCCAUCUAUCAUUAUUGACCCUGAUGAGUGUCCCCUCGAGGAGCAGAACGAUCUUCUCCAGUACGACAGCAACAAAUGGGAGUUUCCCCGCGACCGUCUUCGGCUAGGCAAGACUCUCGGCCACGGAGCUUUUGGAAAAGUGGUGGAGGCUUCUGCCUUUGGCAUCGAUAAGCUCUCGACCUGCAAGACUGUUGCUGUCAAAAUGCUGAAAGGAGGAGCGACGUCCAAUGAGCGGAAAGCUCUGAUGUCAGAGUUAAAGAUCCUGAUCCACAUCGGCCAUCACCUGAACGUGGUCAACCUGCUGGGAGCCUGCACGAAGCCUGGAGGACCUCUGAUGAUGAUCGUGGAGUUCUGCAAGUACGGCAAUUUGUCUAACUAUUUGAGAAGCAAGAGAGAAGACUUCCUCGUCUACAAGAGCCAGGACGGUAAGGUGGUGUCAUCGGGGUCGUCCUGCCAGCUGAGCGAGCUGAUGAAGCGCCGCCUGGAGAGCGUGGCGAGCACCGGAAGCUCCGCCAGCUCUGGGUUCAUCGAAGAUAAGAGCUACUGUGACUCAGAGGAAGAGGAAGAAGAAUCGGAGGAUUUAUAUAAGAGAGUCUUGACAUUGGAAGAUUUAAUCUGCUACAGUUUCCAGGUCGCUAAGGGGAUGGAGUUCUUGGCCUCACGCAAGUGCAUCCAUCGGGAUCUGGCUGCACGAAACAUUCUGCUUUCAGAGAACAAUGUUGUGAAGAUUUGUGAUUUUGGACUUGCCAGGGACAUCUACAAAGACCCUGAUUACGUGCGCAAAGGAGAUGCCAGACUGCCGCUCAAGUGGAUGGCACCUGAGGCCAUUUUUGACAAGAUCUACACAACCCAGAGUGAUGUUUGGUCUUUCGGUGUUCUCAUGUGGGAGAUCUUCUCUCUGGGUGCGUCCCCGUACCCUGGCGUGCAAAUUGAUGAAGAGUUUUGCUGCAGACUGAAAGACGGGACAAGGAUGAGAGCGCCAGAAUACUCUUCCUCUGAAAUAUACCAGACCAUGUUGGACUGCUGGCACGGGGAGCCACAGGGGCGACCCACCUUCAUUGACCUGGUGGAAAGGCUGGGAGACCUGCUUCAGGCCAGUGUGCAGCAGGAGGGGAAGCACUAUAUACCCAUCAACACAGCCCUGCUGGGUAAGCUGGGAGACCCCUCCACCACAGCGCCAUCAGAGGAGACACCCACGCGACCCAGCUCCCACUGUGACUCAGGGAGCAGCUGGAACAUCAAGAUCCGUCCAGCUAGUGUGAAAACGUUUGACGAGGUUACCAUGGAGGACGGGACAAAUGAAAACCAUGAGAGCGGCCAGUCAGACAGUGGGAUGGGCCUCUCAUCUGACAACAUGAAGACACUGAAGCGCCUCGAAUCGCUGGCUGGUCGACCACUGAGCAUUAUGGCUCUUGCGAUGAAGGCAGUUAGUAAGAGUAAAGAAUCUGUGCUGUGUGACCCAGAGAAGGAGAAGUACCCUCCCACUGUUCCCUCUCUGGACUUCAGCAUGAACGACUCGGUGCUGGACGACUCAGCCCUGGACGUCGGCCUGGAGUGUCACAGCCCGCCGCCCGACUACAACUAUGUGGUGCGCUACUCCACCCCACCUGUGUAACCUCCAGCUCUUCCCCUCGGCAGCCUGAAGGCCAUCGCUUUGUUCUCCUUUGUUUGGACUCUUAUCUUCGGACUGUCCUGCGGCAGCGUCUGAGAGGAAAACCCACAAGGUUCCCUCUUAGAACGGACGCUCUCAAACCACUCAUGAAUCUACUCGACUGUUACUUCUGCAUCUUCUAAAUUCUGGAGCUUCCGCUGCGCAACAAAAGAAAAACCUGUAGCAGUUGAUUCAGACAUUAGCCCGACCCUAAAGCUGCUGGUCCGUUCCACGCUCACUGUGAUUUGUCAAACAGCUGAAAACAGGCUCAGGUAUUUCUUUUAUCUACUGUGAAAACUAAAUGCGAUGAUUCCACCUUCACCACAGAUCUGCACAAACUACAUUAAACAAUAACUCCCAGAAAAGAAAAGAGAAAUGAUAGCUGAGACUUUUAUAUAUUUUUUUUAUAAUUCAUACUGGAAAAUAAUCUGUUAAUUAAAGAGGCUCUUUUUGAGGUGCAGCUACUUUUUCAUAGGACCUUGGCUUAAGUUCAGUAAAAAGCAGAUGAAAAAACAAAUGUUAAUGAUAAAUUGUGAAAAGUCUGUUAUUUGACGCGACAUUGCUCUUGCAUACAAAUAUAUCAGCUCAAUGAACUCAGGUUGGCCCACAGUGACAGAGGAGAGGACUGCUCUGUCAUGUAGUGGUGGAGGAUUUCUUAAGCUCUCUAAGUUAUAGGAAAUCACAGGUUAAUGGAGGAAACAGGGUAAAGCUGAGAUUUAACAAUACAGCUCGAACACGAUAUCAUUUCAGUGACGAGUUAUAUUCAGAUUCCUCCUGCCCCAGAUCUGGUGUUGAAGAAACUCAUGUUUUUUUGUUUGGUUGAACUAAAAAGAGCGAAGGAAACCAGAUGUGUUUAUUUUCUUUUGUAUAAACUCAGUUGGAAAAACAGAACAAAACUUAAUAGAAACGGUUUCUUUAGAAAGCAUUAGUAAAAUAAACUUUGUAUUUAUUUAGUAAACACUGUCACUUAGUGUUCACUUAGAUUCAGAUAUAACACCAGUCUUCCUGAUAUCAGCAUGUAACUUUAAAUCCACACGUACAUGCUGUUUGUGCUGCUGCUGUUUAUCAAGCUGAGGGAAUCUGCUUCUGUAGGAAACACACGUGUGAGUUUUCUCCGUCCUUCCUCUUGUGCUGAGUGUUAGUUACAGCUUGCAGGGCAGGCGACAAAAACUCUGCAUGUGUGUGAAGUUCUGUUCUUAUCCACAGUUUUAUUAUCUGUUCAUCUCCAUGUUUGAGCAACACUUAUUAUUAUAUUGACAUCCGGCCUGAGUGAUCCAGUCACAAGUGGUCAGCACUAAGUGCAGGUGUGAACACACCCAGAUAAGUCCUGAAUGCAUCCUGAGAUCCGAUCACUCGAACCACAGUCGGAGGUGGUCUGGGAAACAUUUGGCCACAUUCUUCUCGCUGUGUGAACACAGAUGCUUCAUGGGCCACAUAUGUAGGACGGCUUACUCAGCUGAAUUCCAUCAGUUUCAUAAUGAAUCAAACAUGGUUUUACGCCUCUCACUGUCCAUGCACUGAUACGUUUGUUACCGCAAUGUCAACACUGACCUGCACAUAAUGACUAAUCUUCUACGAAAACGGUCAAAUCAUUCUUAUUAGAAUAUCUUCACAUGGCAUCAAUUCAUUCAGUCCCUCCUGACUCCGUGACUAUCUCUCUGUUACUCAGGUCCACACACAGACAUUGUCAUCUGACACAUCUGUAAACUUUUGAACUUUGUAGACACAAAUGAUAAAAGUCAUUAUUUGUACAUAGAGCGGCUGAGUAAGAUUCGAUCACAAGCAGGAGACACAUUCAGGACGCUUUUUAAUUCCAGGUGUUAACAGACAAACUUAGUUCUGUCCACUUGUGAUCAUAUCUCUCGGGACGAAUGUUAAUACCGGGUCUGAACAGGGCCUUUGACGACUGAAGAAGAAACAGUAUUUGUCAGUGAACUACAAUGUAAAGUGGAUAUCUUGAAUCCAGAGUGAUGUUUUAUUUGUGGACCAAUUUGUUUAGGAUUGUGGACAGGAAGUGAUGAUGCACUGAUACUUUAUAUCAAGUAUAAUGUUUUUUUUGUAUUCUAAAGCUAUAUUAUUAUGAAACAGUGUUGAGGAUCACAUUUUAUGAAGAUUUGUAUUUUGCUUUUUUUUUUAACUCUUAACUCUAGUGCUUGGUAGGAAAUUAAUGUUCACUGUACUUGUUGUAUUAUUUCUCGCCUAACAUCGUCAUGUUCACUUAUUAUAACCCAGUCUUUUUUAUUUUAGUUACUCCUCUCACAAUAACAACCUUAAUGCAAAGAUAAAUUAUUAGUAUUUGGAUUUUGUUGCUUUUUAUAUAUAUAUAUAUCAUAACGAGUAAUGAUUCCUGCAGCAGCUCAAACAUCAACGUAGCUUCUUCUGUUUUGUUCAUGUAGCGUUAACAAGUUAGUUUGAAUGAAAGUGAUGUUCCCUGACACUGUUAACUGAGCAUAUGAAGUAAAUAAAUGAAUAAAGAUUUAUAUAUUUAUACAUUA